AUGGGGCGAAAGUUCGAGAGAGCGGUAGAAAGUUGUGAUCUAGCCCAAAAUAUUCAUGCUCCCACUCAUUUACGUUCCAUUCUCGACCUCGUUCUUUCUUCCGGAUAUAGUAUCAGUAAUAUCGAAAUUCUGCCUCCCUUUGCCAAUUCCGAUCAUAAUGUUGUUUCGUUCAAGUUCGACUUUAAUACUGAUCAACCUCUCUAUCUGCUCUUGCCAGAUUUCAGUCGCGUAAACUAUUCCGGGUUACGUAAAUUUCUCGCUCGUGUGGACUGGCUGGAAGUUUUCGACAACUAUCAGUCGGUUGCAGAAAUGUAUCGCCGCUUUUGCCUCGUGAUGUACGAUAGUUUAGCCAAGUUUGUCCCGCUGAAGUUUAACAAAAAUUAUGUACCUACUUAUCCUUCGCAUUUACGAAAUCUAUUUGACCAAAAGAAUCGACUCUUCUACCAACUUGAUAACCUUUUGAACAACGCUCUCUAUAGAAAAAUUUGCGCUGAUCUUGACUAUCACAUGAAAAAAUACCUUGCAUAUCGUGAGCGUUUGUCGAAAACAUGUACGAAAAAGUUUCAUAACUUCCUCGCUAAAAGAAUUAAACAAGCACAAAAACUGCCUGUGUUGAGGACUGACAAUAGGAAUUUGAUCGAAACCGAUUUCGAAAAAGCUAACGCAUUUGCUGAAUUCUUCGCUUCUAACUACUCAUUAAAACUGAAUGAAAGCCGUCAUAAUCUUCCAUUGCCAUACUGA